GCAAGAGAGAGAAAGACAAGAAGCAAGAGAAAGAGAGAAAGAUUGAGAAGACAAGUGUAGCAGAGAAGAGAAGAAAAGCAGAGAUGAGUUCCCGACAGCCCAAGUCGAUCCUGAAGGCGAGGUCCAAGACUCCACCGCCUCGCCGAACUACUAGAACUAGUGUUUCUACUACUAGUACCACGGGUAGUACCACCGCUAGUAGUAGUGCGAGAGCCCAGCGCCCUCCGAUUCGCCGUCGAGUCUCGUUUUCGUCUGCGUUUGAUAACGACGACGAUGACAGCAGCAGCGAGGACAGCAACGACGACAAGAGCAACGCUGCUUCUGUGAAUUCUGGAGGUUCCCUGAAGGGCAUCUUUAAGACCCCCCAGAAAAAAGAUCGGAACGACCAGAAUCGAUCGGACGCAAGCCUUACGUCGGGACCUUUUGGCAACGACAACAAUGGCACCAGCAAGGACAGCAACGACGACAAGAGCAACGUUGCUUCUGUGAAGAGUGGACGUUCCCUACAGGGCUUUUUUGCCACCCACCAGAAAAAAAGUCGGAAACAAGACAAUACAUCGGACCGAAGCCUCACGUCGGGACCUUUUGGCAACGACGACAGCAGCGACGACGACAGCGAUGUGAACAGUCGAGGUUCCUUACAGUUUGACCUGUUUGCGACGACAACCCCCAAGAAGAAAAAUCGUAACGACCAGAAUCAAUCCGAUCAAAGUCUGACAUCGGGACCCUAUGGUUUUGACGACAAUGGCAGCAGCAAGGACAGCGACGACGACGAUGACGAAGAAUUUGGAAUGGCAGUGGAAAUCUCGUUGGAUCAAUCCAAACAAGAGAAUGAGGAGGAAAUUUCCACAGAGCAGCCACCUGCUGUGGAUCGCCGUAGCCAAUUCCACAAUUUUUUCCUUACCAAGGAUAAAGCCAAGAGAAUUACCCAAAACAAGUUGGAACGCGAGAAACAAGAGGCAGCCCAGGAGGCGGCAAAAUCGACACAAAGCAAUAAUGAGGACGAUGAUGCGGACGAUAGUCCCCCCGUCGUGGAUCGUAGAACUCUCUACCGUGACAUGUUCAUGACCCCAAAGAAGAAAAAACGCAUGGAAGAAGCGCAACGAGAACAAGAUCUCAAUGCUCGACGUACUACCCUAGCCAUUGACGAUGCUCCUGGAUUCGACAACAAAAAGGGUCGCACAGAUGAUGACAAUGAUGACGACAAUUAUUUCUUUGAUGAAAAUGUACCACAUGCCACUCCUCCUCCCAAGGAGAAAGACGAAGACGAUGACAGCGAGGGCAUGUACGAAGAUUAUUUUGAUGCCCACAGCGAUUCGGCCAGUUGCAGUUCUCUCGAUACGGCCGAAGAGAUGGAAAAAUCGCUGCGAGGAAACGUUAUUUACGUCAUAUACACGUACUUCAAGGACAGUUUCAUCGCGGCACUCUUGGAACCAGUCUUUCGAUGCAUUGUGAAACUCUGGAAACGACUCAUGAACAAUCAGGACGAUAAUAAUCCUUUGAACGAAUUGGAAGACAUUGAAGGAGCUAUGGAAGGAGCCGUACACAAUCCAAUGGCCCAGAGUCAUUAUGGUGGUUUUGGUGGUGGAACAACAACAACCACACAAGGUGCCGCUACCACCACCACCACGACAACAUCCACGGGAACCAGCGCCACCACCACCACCACUACGGCAGCAUCCACGGGGACCACCAGUGGAACCACCACCGGCACGGCGGGAUUUGGUGUUUUCGUACCUCCGCCACCGGGAGUCGCCGAAAUGGCAACGGCGGCUGCCAACACGGCUGCCAGUGCUUCCGCAAGUGGUGCCGCGGCUGCAGGAGGAACCACCGCGGCCGCCGCAACCACCACCUCCGUGGCCAGUACCGUCGCGAGUACCGUGGCCAGUGCGGGGGCAUCCCAGCUUGGCACGGCGGUUGGAGUCGCCGCAGUGGCGGCAGCUGCCGUGUCGUCGGGUGUCUCAUUCACGGCACCCAAACACAAAAUGACAUUCUCACACGACUUUGUUCCUCCCGUAUGUCUAGAACCCCAAGUCAUGAAAGAAGGUCAUGUCCAAGUGCAAAUUCAAGGACUGCCUCCGUCGUCUCUUCCGGCGCGAAAAACAGAUCUUGAAAUUUUGUUUCGUGAGGUGUACAACGAAUUGACGGGAAUGUGCCUAGAUCCUUUCGCCAGAGUGUUGUACGAUGUUGUGAUUGAUGACUGGACCACGAGCUACGCCAACGACACAGACUACUUGAUCCUGGAGAGCAACUAUUCAACGCCAGAGGAAAGGAAAGCCGUCAUUGAAGCAAGUGUCACAAGCACAAAGUGGACCGCUCGUCUGGCUUGCGAAGGGUGUCCAGAUCACGAACCACUUUUCGAGUUUGGCGACAUGUCGGACUUUACAUUCCCUGAACAACGCCAUCUUGUUGCCUCGAAGCAAGUUAUCAUCAGCAAAAACAUUCUGGCGUCUGCCGGAAGAUAUCUUCAAACCAUUGCGCGUGGUUCACGCGUGUCCCUGAACAACUUUAAUGAUUUCUUCCCAUUGUUCGGAACUACUUUUGGCAAUAACAUUGAACCAGUAUUGAGCGGACGGGUUGUUCAAGACAGUUUUGGCAGUUUCGUCUAUCAGCAAGCCCCACCAGACUCACAGAACACAACCGAUAUUCAAGUCAUAUAUGCUUGCACCAGUUCAGUUCUUAGCCAAGACGCCAAUACAACGAAUUCGGCCAUUGUCGCGGAGAUCGGUGUCCAUGACUUUGAGAAAUUUGAAGGGGUUGUUCUUGAGCACAAUGGAACCAUUAGAUCGCCCUUCAUCUCGGAAGAAUUGUGGGCUUUUGAAGAAGCCGUUCUAAAUUGUGUCAACUCUGGGACAGAGCGAAAGCCACGCAAGUUUUGCGAUACAGUUCGACAGAGCGUCGCCUACACUCCAAAGACGUUAACAGACUGUGUAGCCAGCCCCAACCAGAUGACUUGCCAAGAAAUCCUGCCACCAUUGAUUGAACUUCUCUAUGAAAAAGAUCCAGAAGUUCACGACGACAUCUCCAAACAGGCAGACACUGAAAGUUUCGACAGUGGAGAUGGAGAGUCAACCUCACAAGGAGAAAAGGGUUCAGAUGUGGGAUUGAAGUCUGAGCCAGUUGUCUCCACUGGAAGCUUCUCCGGGGCUUCCUUGGAUGGUGUCAGUGGCUUCUCUACUCAAGGAACCUCCGCCUCCAGCGUCGGGACAGGCGAUUCUGUUGCUGGAAACCCAGGUAGCACUGGUGGAAUGCCUGGUGGUGCAAUAACAACUGGGGGAUCAAGUACUGGCACAGCUUCAGCAUCCAUUGAAUCAAAUCAGGGUCCCCCCAGCCCCUCACCAGGCAAAGACAAUGGUAGCUUUGGAUCCGCCAGUGUCUCCCUCGCAAACGGCGAAGAACCAGGAUACGCAUCCGCAGCUGCCAAGGGAUCAGACGCUGCCACAGGCGUGGGAUCAGCACCAGUGGACGGUGAUACAAGCACUGGAUCGGAAUCCAUGUCAAUUGUGACUGACGAUCAAUCAGGUAGUUCAAUGUUGGGAGAUGGCGGAAGCACAGGUUCGGCAUCAGUAUCAUUGGACAUUGGUGAAGUACAUGGUGAGCCAUCCUCUGUAACAGCCGGCGAUGAGAUCAAUCCUUCCAAUCCAGAACUCAGUCCUACAGAGGAUGCAGCAGGCAGCACCGUAGUUUUUGAAACUGGCGGAAGCACCAUUGCCAGCCAAGCACCAGGGGUACCGACUGCGAUCCCUGGCGGGAAUUCAGAUGCAGCUUCACCUGUCCCUUUGGUCGCUGGAGGGGACUGGAAUCCAACAACCCUCACUGCAGUCCCUGCCAUGCCAUCUGCACUCUCCAAUGAAAUUGCCACAGGCAAUCCUGGGGGGACAACACAAUCGCAUGAUAGCACGGGCGGAGGCACAACUGGUGGGACAACACCACAGGAUAGCACAGGCGGAAUCACACCUGGAGGGACAACACCAUCAAUGGAUAGCACAGGUGGAGGCAUACCUCCGACACCAGCACAAGAUACAAGCAACACAUUGUACCCUCUGGAAACCUCAAACUCAGCCAGUCCUUUGUCAGGAGCAAAUGCAACGAAAGCUGCCAUACCAACGUCAACUCUUCAAGGCCCCAAUCCAGGGACUCCGUCUGCUUUAUUGAAUUCUGGCAGCACGAGUCCAGCAACAGCUCUGACACCUUCCCUGAAAGGUCCAAGUCCACCUAGUUCAUCUGGAGUGAUCCUGGAAACAUCAAGCAAUGCCAGCAUAUCAUCUGGAACUAUAGACAUGGCACAAACUCCAUCAGCGUCAUCAACUCCAAACCCUCAAACCGGAAUGGUGGCAUCUCCAUCAAGUUUGUCUAAUCCAAGCAGUUCCAGUUCUAUUGCAGCACAAAAUGUCGGUGCUCCAUCAACAUCAAUACCUCAUGCACCAACCUUUCAUGCCGGUAGUGCAGUUCCCAUGCCAACAUCUUCAAAUGUAGCUGGCAGUCCAUCAACAUCAACAGGAAAAGCGCCAAUGACCCCAAUGACCCCAGGGACUCAAUUGAUACCAUUGGGCACUCCUCAUACUGUUGACACCAGCGUGACAACAAAGAGCAGUGUCAGUAUUCCAUCAGCAUCAGCUAUUAGUGCUUCACCUGAAGUUAGGGUGAGUACAGCUACUACAGGAUCCAGCACUCUAACAAACAAUGAUGGCGUAAGCACAGUUUCAGUUUCAGUGAAUUUAGGCAAUGAUGACACCAACACUGAUACAGUUGCAGUUUCAAGUGCUGAUACAGUUGCUGUUUCAAGUGCAGCUCAAGGUAGUCCAGCACCCUUGAACAAUCCAGGUUCAGGAAGUUCAGGUUCUACCUCUGCCACUGUUGGUGGCAACCCGGUGUCAAGUGGAAUAACUUCUACAGCUACUCCAGGAUCAAGCACCGUAACAAACAAUGAUGGCGUAAGCACUGUUUCAGUUUCAGUGAAUUUAGGCACUGAUGACGCCAACACUGAUACAGUUGCGGUUUCAAAUGAUGCUCCAGGUAGUCCAGCACCCUUGAACAAUCCUGGUUCAGGAAGUUCAGGUUCUACCUCUGCCACUGUUGGUGGCAACCCUGUGUCAAGUGGAAUAUCUUCAGCCAACAAUGGUAGCCCAGUGUCAAGUGGGAUAUCUUCCACGUCAACACCUGGGGGAGGUGAAUCUUCAGGGAUUGAAUUUGUCAGUACCGGCACAACGAGCAUCACCUUGAAACCAGCGCAAAUUGGUGGUUUGGGUUCAAGGCCAACACUUCAGCCAACAGUACAACCUACUGCACAUCCAACAGUAGAACCUACAGAACAACCUACAGUAGAACCUACAGCGCAGCCAACCUUUCAACCAACCCUUGAACCAUCAGAGGAAGUCACGGAGGAGACUACAGAAGCCCCAAGCCAAGACACGACACAGGAGGCGACAGCAGUUGCAACCCAGGCUUCCACAGUGGCUCCCAGUCAAGAGACAUCAUCUGAAGCAACCCAGGAGAUUACAGAAGCUCCAAGCCAAGACACAACACAGGAGGCCACAGCAGCUCUGAGCCAAGAGGCAACAUCAGAAGCAACCCAGGAAUCCACUGAAACCCAAAGUGGGGGGGGGACCCAAGCACCAACACAAGCAUCAGCCCAAGGCAGUCAGGAACUUUCAACUCAGGCUCCAACCGAAAAGGGAUUGGUGGACACCACUCAAGUCCCCAGUCUGAAUGGUACACAAGAAUGGACACAGGCACCAAGCCACGAGUCAACACAGGAAAGCACUCAGGAAUUUACUCGAGAGGGGACACAGCAAGGCACCAUGGAUUCGAGCCAGGCGACCACGCAAACUCCAAGUCUGGAGGCAACAGAUGAAGCCACACAAGCACCGAGUAUUCAAGCUACAGAUGAGAGCACAGAAGCGUCAACAUCAGAAACCUCUCAAUCAGCAACAGAAGAGGAAACGCAAGAGACCACCAAGGGACCAAGUGAAAAUCCUACAGUGAACCCCACUCUGGUGUCUUCUUAUCCGACCCUUAGGCCAACUGCAUGUCUCAUGGAAACAGUGGAGAAAACUGUUUUGAUGGACUUCAGUGGUGAUCUGUCAUUGAUUACAAACUCUGAUCUGACUAGACUAUUUGAAAUCGCCUUCACAUCACUGGAGCACCCCGGAUGCCAACCAAAGCUUAUUUCCGUUGCUGUAUCAUCGCGUUCAGCUCGCCGGAAUCUACAAGUUCUGAAUGUAACCUCAACUGUCCAAUUUUUUGUCACCACUAACCAAACUCGAUAUACAACCCAAAUUACCUCUGCCAUGCAUAAGCAAUCUUUCCUUGCUUCAUACAAUAUGGCAUUAACAAAUGAUCAAGUACAAGCUGUUGAUGUGUAUGAAGAAAAAGCCCAAACCACUCAAAUCCCAUCAUCUAAAGCAACUGGAAGCCCAAGUGACAUCCCAACUACACUGUCUCCGACAACCCUUGGUCCGACAACCGUGAGUCCGAGCACCACAGUUCCCUCCACUCAGAGCCCAAGCACAGGCAGUCCCUCCACCGAGAGUCCGAGCACUGGAAUCCCAACUACCUUGUCACCGAGCACCGGGGUCCCAACAACGGCCAGCCCCGGCUCCGGCGUCCCAACGACGGAUGCCCCGAGCACCGCGGGUCCGACAACGGAUAGCCCCACCACGCUGAGCCCCAGCACCUCCGGUCCGACCACUUUGAGCCCCAGCACGUGA